CCAUGCCAAACGGCGACAGUCAUAGUAAUUGCCGUCGGACGCCAUCACCUCCGGCGAGCAGUGGAAGCUGAAUCGUAUAAUCGUCGGAUUUGGAGAGAAGAGGGGUGGACGUUAAAUCGAAAGGGAGCGGAUUGGCGGUCGAGACAGGAUAGUCAUGGCCGCAGUCGCAAAUGGCUCUCAGCAUUCACAUCAACAUGCCAUACAGCCACCGGCGAAUGCAUCUAUGGCCUCUCGGGGCUCCCCUGCGUCCAUUGAGCAUUCGCGCGAUGCUUCUGUAGCAGCUUCCGAUGGCUCGUUUGCUGCACCACCUCCGCCAUCAGUCAACACCAACGCCAAAUCUGCGAAAUCAAAGGGCAAAAAAGGCAACGUCAAUCACAACAAUAACAACGGCACCAACGAUCCGAUGGACGCUCACAAGGCUCUGUUAUCCAAGAUCUCGCAACUUGAAGCAACGACACAUGAGGAUGCGCACCAGUCUGCCGAAAUCGACGCGGAGGUCAAGAAAGCGAAUCGUGACCUUUCUCAGCUACUAAAUACGCUCGAGCCGGAGAAGGGUAAACUUGAUCUGCUACAGAAAAAGUACAGCGAUCUGUUCGCGGAGAUGAAACGAGUAGAGAGGGAGCACACGAAAGCAAAGAAGCGCGCGGAUCAAUUACAGAAGGAGAAAGAGGAGAUUGGAAAGGAUCGUGGUCGGGAACGCUCAAUGAAAGAGAAGCUCGAGAAGCUGAGUCGAGAGUUGACACGAGAGAACAAAAAGCUCAAGGACGACUAUCGCGAUUUGAAAGAGAAUUCUGCUCAUAGAAACGACGAGCUACAUCAGCGUCUGGAAGGGCUCGUCUCGGACGUGGAGGGCGUCAUUACAAAUCGACACUCGCCUGCAGAACCACAACAAGAAGUCGAGCAUGAUCGAAUGUUUCGAGAAAAGUUCACAUCGUUCCUUCUGCAAUACGAAUUACGAGAGCUACAUUUUCAGAGUCAGCUACGGGUGAAGGAACUGGAGCUGGUUCAGCAGAUCGCACGACACGAGCAAUUACGGAAAGCGCAGGAGAACGAAUUGAGCAAAAGCCACCAGCUAACGCGACAGACACGCUCAACAAUAGCAACGAUUUGUUUCUCACAUUUCGCAAGGAAAUGGAGGAAAUGUCCAAGAAAACUAAGCGCCUCGAGAAGGAAAAUCUCACGUUGACUCGGAAGCAAGAAGCGACUAACAAGAACAUCUUUGCGAUGGCUGAGGAACGCGAGCGAAAUGCCAAACAGAUGGAUCGGGUGCAAAAAGAAAACGAAAAGCUUAAGAGGCUAUGUCGGGCGAUGCAGGAAGGCGGAUAUGGCGGCAAGGCUGGGGUGGCUGUUGGGGGAGUUCCAACGCA